AUGCAAGCUAAGUUCGAGAAGAAGCAGAAGUCCGAGAAGUCGGCCGACAUCGAGAUGAAGGACGCGACCGCACCCGGUCCGUCCAUUCAAAGCCUCGUCGACAAAGCUGUCGCGGGGCGUGUCAAGCCGCUCCAGGCCCAGGUCCAGAAGCUCUCAGUCAAGGGCGGCAAGACGGCCCGGAAAUCGCAGGUCGAUGGCAAGAAAAAGACUUCGCCGUCGACGUCGUCGGGCAAGAGCUCGUCGACGGGGAAGAAGACCCCCGCGAAGACCAACAAGCCCAGCGUCAAGGGCAAGGGAAAGGGCAAAGGAAAGGCCGGUACGCAAUUGACUACGUACUCCUGA